GGCACCCCAGGCACACACGCCCACCAGCCAAAUAACAACACGCAAAGAACAAAACACAGCACUAGUGGACACGAUACCACACCAACAAGAAGCUAGUCCUACACAGGACAAAGCAAAACCACCCACAACCUUUAACCCCAAGACAGCCCAUGCACUACAACAGACGCAUCCGACAGCAUGGACACAACCCCAAGACAGCCAGGUCUCAGACGAAAUCCCAACACCACUACUGCGCCCUAACUUCGAACACCCCACCAGACACAGCACGGAAGGUAGUCCGUGGACUAUGCCAGUGACAAAUAGCCCGCUCCCCGAAAACACGCACCAGACAGAAGACAAACCCACGCACAGGGACGAACAACACAAUACCCAACCCACACGACAAACGCACGCGAACCUAAGAAGACCAAUCAUAAGCACGAACUCUCUUAUAUCCCCCCCACUCUCAA